AUGCAGACCAAGGCCCUCAUCUUUGCAGCCGCCCUCGUGGGCUCCGUCGUCGGCCAGGCGCCCGCGCCCGCGCCCGCGUCGGUCGAGCUGGGCGCCGGCUCCUCCAAGGCGUGGGAGGCGCCGGCUCCGACGGCCAAGCCCGACCACGACUGGGAGCACUCGUCGGCCGCGUCGCACGAGUGGCACCCGGCCUCUUCGUCCGAGGCCCAGCACUCGUGGGGCUCCUCCGCGGACCGUCACAAUGCCACCGUCGUCACCAAGACAAAGGUCGUCAGCCGCUACACCACCUACUGCCCUGAGCCUACCACCGUCGAAAUCGGCACCAAGACGUACACGGUGACGAAGCCGACCACCCUGACCAUUACCGGGUGCCCCUGCACCGUUACCGAGACGCACAAGAAGCCGCCUCACACCAAGGAAGCUCCUCCUCCUCACACCAAGGAGAUUCCUCCCCCCAAGCCGCCUGUGCAGACUCCCGGCGUUCCCCAGCCCCCUCCCCCUGCUGCCACGACGGGCGUCGUCGUCGCCGGCGCCGACGGCCUCACCGCGGCCUACGGCUUCGCCAUGGCUGCCGCUGGUCUCGUCGGUGGUGUUUUCGCCUUGUAA